AACAAGGAAGACCAGGUAAUUCAGGUGAACCAGGCUAUCCUGGAAUGCCUGGCCCUCCGGCUUUGAAGGGAGACAAAGGAAAUCAGGGUGAAAAAGGCACCCAGGGUCAUAAGGGUGAAGGAGGCAGAACAGGUACUCCAGGCCAUAAGGGAGCUAUGGGAUUAAAAGGAGAUAAAGGAGAGACAGGUGACAAAGGAAAUCCCGGCUUCCGUGGCAGUCAUGGCCAGAAGGGGGAACCGGGAAUGAAUGGCUUGAUGGGUUCCCCAGGCCCACGGGGAAUACAAGGAGAGAGGGGGUUUCCAGGAAUCCCUGGAUUAGAUGGAAAACCUGGAAGAGGUUUUUCAGAAGAAUUUAUUCGGCAAGUUUGCGCAGAUGUGCUGAGAACCCAGUUGCCUAUUAUACUUCGGGACAGAAGGUUGCAGCGCUGUGAUCACUGCCAAUCUCAUGAGACCAGCUCUGGACCUCCUGGUCCACCAGGCCCGAUUGGUCCACAAGGUCCUCGAGGCUUUCCUGGUUUGCCAGGAAAUGAUGGCAUUCCAGGUCUGGCAGGAAUUCCUGGGCGUCCUGGAUCUCGUGGUGCAAAAGGACCACCAGGAAAAAAUGGAGCUAAAGGAAACCAAGGUAUUGGAGUUCCUGGGAUUCAAGGCCCUCCUGGACCUCCAGGUCCUGAAGGCCUACCAGGGAUAGGUAAAGAAGGACAUCCUGGAGAACGUGGGGAGCCUGGGAAAGAUGGAGAACGUGGAAGUCCUGGAAUUCCAGGACAAACUGGACAGCCUGGAAUUUGUGACCCAUCUCUAUGCUUUAGUGCAAUUGUAGGAAGAGAUCCAUUUAGAAAGGGACCAAAUUAUUAAUCUGAGAUGUGUAAGUGGCAGACUAGCCCUUGUGCUUGCCUUAGAUAAUCUUUCAAGACUCAGGAAGAUAACUGGCAAUAAUUCCCAUUCCUAGGAACUAAAGUACCUCUAGUGGUGUAAAAUAAUCUGGUAAAAAUUCCCAUAUUCAGUAUAUGGGAUUUGGGUCUCCAAUCCAGUUGAAUUUAGUUAUCACUGAAAAUAGUGACAGUAGUUUGUCCUCAUUACCUUAAAUCAUCACCACUUUUCAAUCAUGGCUCUCUAUCUGUAUUCAGGCUCUGCUCUCCAGUGAGUUUAGUUUAAUUAUUAUGUUUGCCCAGCAACACUUGCUUCUGUUUGAAGUCCACUGGCAACCUAUUGACUUUGCUGGAAUCUGAAUUGGGCCCUCUGCACUUGGUAAUCAGGUGUAAAUCACUGUGAAAGGUUUUCUAUUCAGCCAGCAUAUACAGCAUCUUAAUUUUAAUGGAACAUGGCUGGUUGUUUUUUCACAAGUUUGUGAAUUUCCCCAAUUUCUUUGUCUUUCAUAUUGAGAAAGACACGAAUUAUCUGUUUUUAAAUGUUUAAUUUAUAAUUGGGCAAUUUGAUACAAUUUAUUAUUAGCCAUGCUGUCCUUUAUGAAUGUAUGCAAAAUAGUCGAUUAUACGUUUCUAUCCCCAAGCAAAAACAUCUCUGGAAGCUUCUAAAAUAGACUAAAGCACGCAUUUAAAAUUUUGAUUUCUAACUAUAGUCUGGCAAAGAUUUUUUUUUUUUUGUAAAAAGCAAACCUUCGCAGAGUAAAGCAUAACUUUAUUUAAUCUUUUCACCCUGAUUAUAGAACUUGUGUUACCAUUUUUGCUAUAGGAUUGCAAAUGUCAGACCAACAGUUUACAAGAGACCCUUGAUGCUUCCUUAUAAUUACAGUCUCUGCAAUGGUGCUUCUUCUCAGUGUUCAAUUUGUAAAAUGAGAUGCAUUCAAGAAGUGUACUGACAUUGUAACCAACUCAGUUGUACAAUUUCCAUCAGAAUUUGAAUUGGUUUUAAAUAUUAAUGGAAAGAUUUUCUGUUAACUGCAUUUACACAAAGCGCUAUUAACUAGCUAUGUUUGCUGGUUUUUCUGUUGUCAUUUGUAAUAUGCUUGACAUUCAAGGUUAAAUAAAUUUUUGUUGAG